AUUGGAUAUCUCACGAUCAUGACCUCUACGGGGAAGAUUGGGUCCGAUCGGAUAUAUCGCCGGCUGGCGAUCGAACGCUGCACGUAAGCUUAUUGUUAGCCGUCUGGUUUGCGAUGCUGCUAGAGCCUCAUCCGUCGCACGUCUUCAACGACCGUCACCACACGAGCAACCAUGCAAUGACAGCAAACACCCAAAACAGACGAUAGAAUCUUCUGAAAUCAACAAGAAGAAUCACUGAAAAAUGGCUACAUCCCCACACACCGCUGACACGACCCCGUCGUCAAAGCCAAAGAUGCUCCACCAAGAGCAGAAGCGACCAGACCGCAAAAUAGGCAUACGCGAACGAUUAAAGCACUUCACAUUCGCCUGGUUCCUCUCCACAAUGAGCACAGGCGGUCUCGCCCUCGCCAUCGCAGAGACACCGCAUCAAUUCCCCGGCCUCUACCACAUAGGCCUAACCAUCUUCUUCCUCAACAUCGCUCUCUUCCUCCUCCUCUUUACCCUUACAACCCUCCGCUUCAUCUACCACACUUCCCACUUCCUGUCUUCCUUUCUCCACCCGCAGGAAUCCUUCUUCCUCGGCUCUUUCUGGCUCUCCCUCAGCGUAAUACUAGCUGGUAUCCAAACCUACGGCAUCACCCGUGGUCCUGCGUACUCCUGGCUCAUCGACGCAGUCUACGUGUUAUACUGGAUCUACGCCGCGUGCUCGCUCGCAAACUCGAUAUUCCAGUAUUGGGUAUUGAUCCAGUGGGGAAAGGUGCGUCCUGUGCCGCCGUUACCGAGUAUCUUCCUCGCGGGAUAUUCAGCGAUGUUGACGGGGACGGUGGCGAGUAUGGUGGCGGGGACGCAGCCAAAUGAGCGAGCCGUUGCGGUCAUUGUAUCGGGUGUCGCGUAUCAGGGGUUUGGGUGGUGUAUUAGUCUUGUCGCUAUCGUGGGGUUCGUAAGGAAUCUACUGGAUAAUGGGUUUCCACCAAGUCAGUUACGUCCCGCGUUGUUUAUACCGGUGGGGAGUGGGGCGUAUACGAUUGUUGCAUUGAUCGGUCUUGCGAAUGCGGUUCCGGACAGCAUGUCACAAGGUUACUUUGCGAAGCAUCCUGCUGCGCCAGAGAUUUUGCGUAUUUUGGCGCUUUUCACGGGGGUUUUCUUGUAUGUGUUUAGUUUCUGGUUGUUUGCGAUUGCGCUGCUGGGGAAUGUGGGGGUGGUGGGUAGUAUGCCGUUCAGUCUGACGUGGUGGGCUUUCAUAUUCCCGAAUGUGGGGUUUACGCUUAGUACGAGUGUGUUGGGGAGGGAGUUGGAGAGUGAGGGUAUACUGUGGGUGGCGAGUGUGAUGACGGUGUUGUUAGUAGUGAUAUGGUUGGUGACGGUUGUGGGAUGUGUGAGAGCUGUUUGGAGGAGGCAGAUUGUUUGGCCGGGCAGGGAUGAAGAUAAGAAUCGUUGAGUAGUUGGGUCAAUACACGGUUGUGUAUGUGUAGCUUCAUGGAAGCGGAUCGAAAGCACGUAGGACUGCGCAGAGUGAGGAUAGACAAGAUGGAAAUAUGCAUGCAUUGUGAUC